AUGCACACCUUCACUUUGCCUAGCUCACGAACUUUGUCAUACCACCUUGACGAAGAACCACAGGAUGGUCCCGUCGUGCUGUUGGCAAAUUCACUUUGUGCCCCGUUCACAGUUUGGCAUCGUGUCAGGGAUAUUCUCAAUCAAAAUGGCUUCCGUACCUUGCGCUACGAUCAACCUGGUCACGGAAAGUCGUCAGUACCCGACGACUUGAAUGCAACAAGCUUCAUAUCCUUGGCCAAGGACGUGCGCGAUCUGCUAGAAGCCCUAAAUAUACAGCAUCUUCACGCCUGGAUUGGCGUAUCCAUGGGAGCCGCAACUGGGUUCUACUUUCUCACACAGAACCCGCAAGUGGUGAAGAGGUUCGUUGCUUGCGAUACAAUCAGUUGCUCUCCUGUGAAUGCGGGGAUUGACGACCCCUUUGGACCCCGUGUAGAAUCUGCUCGGAGGGACGGAAGCAUGGACAACAUUAUUCAAGGGACACUGGAACGGUGGCUGGGCAAAUCCUUUUUGGAAAGGAGUACGGAAGAAAGCUCUCAUUUGAAGAGAUUGAUGUUAAACACCAGUCUUGACGGGUUCGAAACGUGUUGCCACGCGCUGAGGAGCGAGUCUUUCGAUCUCCGUCCAUUAUUCAGUCAAGUGGGUGCGAGUGUCGAGAACGUGCUCUGCAUCGUUGGAGAGAAGGACGCCAAUCUUCCAGAGACUAUGAAAACAAUGAGUGAAGAGAUGGAGAAGGGUUUCACUUGUACGGGUAGACCAAACAAGGUGGAACUCGUCGUUAUCAAGGAUGCAGGGCACGUCUGUUUCAUCGAUGGAUUUGAACAAUUCAGUCAAACGGUCGUCUCGUUCUUGAACGCCUAG